CCCGGUCUCGUAUAAAUGGCUCAGAUUGCUCUUUUCGUGUCAGUGCAUUUUUGACACGACGCGGUCAAGUGCGUCUCGUGGAAAUGAAUUUAUACGUUGCGAUAUGUGUCCUGGCGCUCACGGCGUCGACGAAGGCUGACGGGGGACUGGGGCUCGGAAGCCUAGGCGGGCUAGUGUACGCACCCGGGCAUUCCUCAGUUGAUUAUUAUGCCUAUCCCCGUUAUGCAUUCGAAUACUCUGUGAAAGACCCUCACACCGGCGACAAUAAAGCGCAAUGGGAGAAACGUGACGGAGACGUUGUCAAAGGAGCAUAUUCACUUGUGGAACCCGACGGCAGCCUGCGUGUCGUGGAGUACCACGCCGACGACAAGACGGGCUUCAAUGCCGUCGUGAAGCGCCUGGGCCCCAACCUGCACCCGGCCACCGUCCACGCGGCCCCUAUCUACAAGGCCCCGAUCCCGGUACUCGGCGGACAUGGUUCCGUCCUCUCCCCGAUUUCUGUCGGCCCGGUGGCGAACCUGGGACACCUGGCGAGCGCACCUCUGAUUUCAGGACCGAUCCAUGGAGGCCCGAUAUAUAGCCCCGCUUUGUCGUCUCAGAACCUGAUCAAAGAACCAGUGAUCGUGAAACAUCUGCCCGCGCCGAUCCUCUCUGAACCUAUAUUACAUGAGCCUAUCCAUCACGUGCCAAUUCUAAAAAGCACGAUCUUGUCUGAACCCAUUUAUAGGAAUGACCCAAUCGUGACCUCUCCUCUCCUUUUUGAGCCUAACUACAAAGGUCAUAUUCUACCCGGACCUAUCUACAAGAAUGGCCCACUCCUGCCAGGACCCAUCUACAAAAACGGCCCAAUCCUACCCGGUCCUAUCUACAAGAACGGUCCAAUUUCCUACGGACCUCUGCCAAUCUCCGGGCCUAUAUACAAGGCUGGUCCGAUUUACUCUGAAUCUUUAGGCCCGCUGCCGGAUUACAAAGCACCACUACCCCUUUACAAUGAACACGUACCUCUUCACAAGGAGCCGCUGCCCGCUUUGCCUUUAUUGAAGGGGCCGGUAGAUCUUGGACUAUAUGGGAAAGGACCUAUCAGCACGCUCGAUUGGGAAGGUUUAGGUAGAGGACACCUCGAGCAGGGCUAUGGUUUGGGCAAGGGCAUCGGUCCGCUGAGCCCAUACCUGGGAGGUUACGGAUUGGCAAAAGGAAACAUUGGACCUGUUCUACCCUAUGCAGGCUUAGAAAGUGGUCAUGGAUUACUCAAAGGAAACAUUGGACCUAUUCUACCCUAUGAAGGCUUAGAAAAAGGCCGUCAGCUGCCCUCCUGGAACGGUCCGAUAGAGUAUCCACUAUACCCACAAGACGGGUACAAACACUGAUCGCAACGAUAAAUAGCAGCCGGAAGCCCACAACGGCACACGCGACGCACCUAAACAAAGGAUAACAGAGGCAAGCAAUAGUGCGCAGUGGGCUUUUUACUUUACUAAUCAUUUGCCGCUGCCUUUUUCAAGGCUCCUUUGCCAUGUCUUGAUUAGAAUAACUAACUAUGAGCCCUCAUUGGUGAUAUGACAACGUAGUCGAUAGUUUAGACACAAUUGUAAUUAUUUUAGGAUAUUUAAUAUUUAUGUUGCUACGAUUAAGAUAUUUAGUAUAUCUUUACGAACACAAUAUAGCAUACGCCACCGUGUGGUAUAUAA